CCCAGCCUAAUGCAGAAUCCGCAUUGCGGAUAGAAGGGAUACCCUAGUUAUUAAUACUAGGUACAUACCUAGUUGCCCUCGUUAUCGAGUUAGGUAUGCAGCGGGUCUUCCUAGUCACAGUUCGCUUAACGUGGUGCAGGCGCCAUUUCAGUAUCUCCCCUCUCAAGUGCAAGCUUUCAACCUGCACAGCGUACCAGCCAGAUUCCCCGGGUUGACACAACAAUGUGGACUCGCAGCGUGAUCAUCUCCGCAUUUGCUUUCGUUGUCCCUUGUAUUCGUGCGGUUGUGGAGAUUAGUGACGUGCUACUAGACAGCAACAACUCAUUACCAACCCAGGUCAGACCGUUGCCACCCGCAGAAAGUAUAUCUCGGCAUUUGCAGUGCGUAGGCUGGAGAGCUACGAGCAAAUGUACCCCCGAUGGCCCUCGCGAACCUCAGGACGACAGAAGCUGCGCAGAAGUCAUCGCUGGCGGUAGCUCUGGAUACUGCGAGGUUGAAGACAUGGAAUCGGGUGAGCGUUUCCAAGUGAUGCGAUCACACUGCAACGGACUACAGCACAAAGCGCUUUUUCGCUGCUCGGAGGCCCCAUACUUUGCAGGUUUCCGCUCCAAUGCCCACGCUGUUGUGCAGAAGGCACAAGUUUCUGGCUUCUCAUUGCCAAACGGUGCUAGCAAUGGCCAGAGCCCCCGCGACGGAAUCGUCAUGGUUGUCGACCCUAAGCUCUUAGCAAGCGCCUACGCCGGUAUCCGCGUGCUUCGUGAUGUCUUGAAAUGCCGUUUGCCCAUUGAGAUCUGGUUUCACAGAGACGAGAUCGAUCAGGACUUCACGCUACUGGCACCAUUACAGAAGCUUUCCAUCUAUGUCGGGGGAAUAUCGUUUCACCCAAUCUACAACCAGCGCGCUAAGGGAAUUCUGUCCAAGGUCUUCGCCAUCUACAACAGCCAUUUCGACCGCGUGCUGUUCCUGAAUGCCGACAACAUACCAGUACGUGAUCCGACGUUCCUGUUCUCUUCUUUGGAGUUCGAAAACAAUGGGGCCAUUUUCUGGCCGGAUUUCUGGCAUCCUCGUCGUACGCUUUUCAAUUUACAUGCUCAGUCAAUGGUGUGGGAACUUCUGGAUUUACCGUUUGUUGACAUGUUCGAGCAGGAGAGUGGUCAGCUACUAGUGGAUCGUACUCGUCAUGCUGUUCCACUGGAACUCGUGUACUUCUACGCGUUUAAUGAACCGAACUACUUUCAGAAACUGGAUCUUGUGCACGGAGACAAGGACCUGUUUCGACUUGCUUGGAUAAAGCUCGAGGCUCCAUUUCACAUGAUUGAAACGGUUCCUGCAAUGGCAGGUCGGGUCAUUAACGGUUCAUUCUGCGGAAUGACUCGGGUGCAACACGAUGCUGAUGGAAACGUGCUAUUCCUCCACCGCAACCAGCACCAACUCACUGGAGAGCGGGUAGAAAAACCGGUGACGGAGAAUGAAAAGACGGGUAGCAUGGCGACUCAAUCACCAGAGACUGAAAGCAAUGGUGAAUCUGACGAAUACCCGGACCCGGUCAUCUGGACGCACCUCAUGUCGUUCAGCAAGAACAUUAGUAAAGAAUUCUACUCGGUAGACUCGUAUCGAGCGUCGCCGGAGUUCCCGCUGGGGCAACCAUGCUACGGUCGCAGACAUAUCGACAACCUUGAAUUCUUCGAACUGCAAGAGUUUUCGAAGCAGGAAUUUUCGGGAAUUGAAUCGGAUUUGAGGCAUUACGCUUUUGAGGCGACAAAGCGGCAAUAGGACAAAAAAACAAGUGUUUUUUGCGCAUUUUUUUGGUACCGUAAAUUGCCACCCUACCCAUUUCAAGAAUUAAUGUAUCCAAAAGUAAAUCUGAGUAACUCAAAUAGUAAAUCAGAGUAAUGUAGGCUUCAUAACUGUGCAAUCGGUGUAGUUCCCACAUCCUUAACAAGGGUUCCUUAUCAU